CUCAACAAGCACCGCAACUAUCACCACAACAAACAAUACAACAAACAAUACAACAAACAAUACAACAAACACCACAACAGACGCCCCAGCAAACACCACAGCAAACACCUCAACAAGCACCACAACAAAUACCACAGCUAACACCACAACAAACAUUACAACAAACUCCACAACAAACUCCACAACAAACUCCACAACAAACACCACAACAGACGCGACAACAAACACCACAACCAGCAGUACACAGAACACCUCAACUUCAACCACGACUAACGCCAAAACAAACCCCGCAAAAAUUACUAGGAUCAACACCUAAAAUAGGAGUUCCUCCUCAAGCGCUGUCAUUCCCAUCAUUAUCAUAUUCAAUGCGACCCUUAUCUGAUUCUCCAUUAUAUUCUCCUUCUGCUAAACCAGAUGAUAUAGCGGAGAAAUCACAACAAUUACAGAAAACAUUGAUGGAGACAACAACACAAGAUACUCCACAAAGGUUACAAAAGCAAACACCUACAUCGAUAUUUCAUUCAACUAUGCCACAAGAUAUUGUUGAUGCAGUUCUUCAAAGUAAGGAAACGCUGAAAGAACAAACACUCCAGUAUUCUUCAAAACAAACGACCCAACGAACACCUGCAUCAUCAUUUUCACUGAGAAAAUCAACUCCGUUGUCUAAAUCUCUUAUUCAUUCAGCCAUGCCAAAAGAUAUCGAUGAUGCACUACCACAAGGGGAAAAUACACCGAAAGAACAGACACCUCAACAAGCUCUUGAGCAGUCAACACAACAAACACCUACUUCAUCAUUUUCCCCUCAAGCUUUAUCCUUGGUAGCUCAAUCACCAUCACCAUCAUUUUCACUGAGACAAUCAACAACUCCGCUAUCUCCAUCACUAUCUCCUUCAGCCAUGCAACAAGAUAUUGGUGAUACAUUUUAUGAUUCAGUUUUGAUCUACGUUGAUGAAAAAUCUGUCCUUCAAUUGAGCUGUGAAGAUUCGACACCCGAGCAAUCAAUGAUACAAUAUCAUCAAAGCACAACUUUUGCUGCCGAUCUAUUGAAUGACGAUUCUAUCGAAGUAGAUGAAGAAGAAGAAGGAGUUGAUAACACUCUAAAUUUCAUCGACAAUAGAGCUCCUUCUCCUGUCAGAAAAAUGCUUAACUCGGCCUCCAUCGAUGCUAGAUUGUGGUCGUUUAUUUCUGAAAUAAACGAAGAUUAUGCUUUACUCACUUUUUUGAGAGGAAAUUUUAAAGUUUUAAUCAAAUUUGAUUUACAAGAUGAAGACAACUUGGAAGUUAUCAUAAAUGAAAUUUCAUUACAAUGUCUUAUUGACCAAAACAUAAAAGAAAAGGGUUGGACGCGUAUAAGUGAUGAAGCUGUCCAUUUGCUAACCAAACCAAGAGAUGCAAAACUAAUAAAAAUUAUUAAAAAUUUGGCAGAAGCUCGCUUUGAGAAGUUCAAACAAGAUACAUGUAUCACAACACCAGUGAUGCUGAAUGAUGUUUUGAAAGGGUUGUGUAAAAUUUUCAAUCGCCUCGAAGCUUUGACAGUGGAGUUAGCUGAUUUAAGUCUAAGGCAUGAAUGUAAAAUAACCAAUGCAGACAUAAACUCUUUCGAGAUCGCACUUGAAACUUAUGGUUUACGAUACACAUUAUGGGUGGUACUAUGUUUGGACUUAACAGCCUAUCCUGAUUAUUCAUGUAAAGUAAAAUUUGGUGUUCACAAAGCUGAUUUGAAAUUGUACCCCUAUCAUUUAUUGAACCGCGCUGUUAAGAAAGUAUCUCCUGGUGAUAGUGAUUAUUUGCGAUCUAUUAUGAGAGCAACUAAAAAGUUCAUCUUCGAUUAUCGACGUAAACAUUCAAUAAAAUCAGUCAGAAUUUCUUUUCAUCAUACGCACCAAUGAUAAAUAAAUUUGUUCUGGAAAUCUUUUUUACCCAAAAUAUCAUUUUCAAUUUGAGACCUUUUAUACUACUGGUCCUUAAACUAUAUGUUAAAAACUAUCAGAAUAUUUCUAGUUCGAAUACUACCGUCAAUAAAAUUAAUUACUCCUCCUGUGUAUCUCACAAAAAUUAAAAAAAAUAAAGUAUAAUUUGAUAGA